AAGAAUCCUAACUUCGCUGCACCUGCCAACCUUAAUUCAUUUCCUUUAUUUUUUUAUAAAUAUUAUAUUUUUAUAUAAUUAUAAAAACUCACUAAUUAUUAGCAGAUUUCAACUAUUAGCUUUUAUUAUUUUUUAAAAAUUAUUUUUGCUGAGUUAUUUUACAUCUUCAACACUGGGAACCUCGCUAUAAAAGCUGACCUAUACCUCCCUUUUAUCACGUCUCUUUGUAUUGCAUAGUUCUUCUUCAAGCUCAAACAGAUAGCAAGAAGAAGAAUAAGAAGGAGAUUUUAGUCCUGUAGUUGAUAUGUCGCUUCUUUCAGAUCUCAUCAACCUUAAUCUCUCUGAGACCACUGACAAGAUCAUCGCGGAGUACAUAUGGAUCGGUGGAUCUGGCAUGGACUUGAGGAGCAAAGCAAGGACCCUCUCUGGACCAGUCAGUGAUCCUUCAAAGCUUCCAAAGUGGAACUACGAUGGUUCCAGCACAGGCCAGGCUCCUGGAGAAGAUAGUGAAGUGAUCCUCUAUCCUCAAGCUAUUUUUAGGGAUCCAUUUAGAAGGGGCAACAACAUCCUUGUCAUUUGUGAUGCUUACACCCCAGCCGGUGAGCCAAUUCCAACAAACAAGAGACAUGCCGCCGCUAAGAUUUUCAGCCAUCCUGAUGUGGUUGCUGAAGUGCCUUGGUAUGGCAUUGAGCAAGAAUACACCUUGUUGCAGAAAGACAUUAAAUGGCCUAUUGGCUGGCCCAUUGGGGGCUUCCCUGGCCCUCAGGGACCAUACUAUUGUGGUGUUGGUGCUGACAAGUCAUUUGGAAGAGACAUUGUUGAUGCACAUUACAAGGCUUGUUUAUAUGCUGGUGUCAACAUUAGUGGUAUUAAUGGAGAAGUUAUGCCUGGCCAGUGGGAGUUUCAAGUUGGACCUGCAGUUGGUAUCUCAGCCGGAGAUGAAUUGUGGGUUGCUCGCUACAUUUUGGAGAGGAUUACAGAGAUUGCUGGAGUUGUGCUUUCUUUUGAUCCUAAGCCAAUUCAGGGUGACUGGAAUGGAGCAGGUGCACAUACAAAUUACAGUACAAAGUCAAUGAGAAAUGAUGGAGGCUAUGAGGUCAUCAAGAAAGCAAUUGAAAAGCUGGGGUUGAGGCACAAAAAACACAUUGCUGCAUAUGGUGAAGGCAAUGAGCGCCGACUCACGGGGCGACAUGAAACAGCUGACAUCAACACUUUCAAAUGGGGUGUUGCAGACCGUGGAGCAUCUGUUCGCGUUGGCCGGGAUACAGAAAAGGAAGGAAAAGGGUAUUUUGAGGACAGAAGGCCUGCAUCAAACAUGGAUCCAUAUGUUGUUACUUCCAUGAUUGCAGAAACCACCAUCCUGUGGAAACCAUGAGCGAAACUCUGUCUGGAAUCAAGCCAUUUUACAUUUCAAACAUUGUUAUUUCUAGCCUUUUGUGGGAGUAUAGGAAGAAAUGUCUCAGUGGGGAACUUUUAGUCCAAUGUGAUUUUAAUUUAUUUCCUAAUUUUUCCUGCUGUUUCGCCCUUUGUAUGGGGAGAUUUAGCAAGGUUGUUUGUUUGCUUCCUCGCUUAGUCCAUUCAGCGUUGUAUUGUUGAAUAAUUAAACGCUUUAAUACCAAUAACAUUAUUAAAGGUAUUAUGUUUGUUA